GAAAUUGGAAUAACUGCAAACUGACACAGCGUUGCGUCGCUUCUUAUCGUUUUGGUUUUAUUUGCCUCGAUUUGACUCCACUCCAUUUGACUUCGCCGCGUUUGGCUUCGCCGCGUUUGGCUUCGCUGCGUUUGACUUCUCUUCAUUUGCCUUCUCCUCAUUUGACUUCUCCCCAUUCGACUUCCUCCCAUUUGACUUCUCCCCAUUCGACUUCUCCCCAUUUGACUUCUCCCCAUUUGAUUUCCCCCCAUUUGACUUCCUCCCAUUUGAUGUUCCCCCAUUUGACUUGGUUUCCCUUUUUUUUGUUCCCCCCCCAUUUGUUUGAGGUACACGCGCAGCAUCACCAUUUUUGCGCUGGCCACUACCUCCGUAUGCAUAAGGGGAGCAGCAACGCGGAGCAGCAACGCGCGGGUGAUAAUAACCAUACGGUUGGCCAAAGCAGCUGCGCAAGUGGGCAAAACAGCCGCGCAAACGUGCAAAACAGCCGCUUAUAUGCGCAUCGCACCCGCUUGUACGCGGUGAUACCCAAGCGAACGAAGACCCCCCCCCGAGCACCCCGCCAGUUCGUACACAAACGAUAGCAUGAUGAUAUGGAAGUCCACUCAGAAAGUUAAAUGCAAAAGCGAGUUCCUCAUCGUAGUGUUUCUUCUCCUGUUUGCAAGCAUUACGAGCAGCCAGUUGAUAAAAUUGGAUGGACAGAAGAUAAACACCAACUACAUUCUGUACGUUCUUAAGGGCCUGUACAUAUUUGGGAAAAAUGACAGUCCGUACGUUUUGCUGGGGGAGAAGAAGGACAUGGCAACGAAGGGGCCGCACGCAAUUUUUGAAAACAUAGGAAUUAGUACAACGGAUAAUAAGAACACGAAAUAUUUCAGCUUCGACAUGGAGGAAAAUAAAUCGGACGAGGAACACAAGGCGGAUGAGCACUCCACCUCGGAGAGCAACAACGGCAGUGAUGAUGAGGAUGAAGACAGUGAUGAGAAAGACAAAAAGGAUAAAUUCAAAAUCAACCUGUAUAAGGAUAACCCGUAUUUAAGAAAGAAAAAGGAAUAUAUGCACAAGCAUGAGGAGGACGAAGUGCUAAACACAGGUAACCUAUUUUUAGAAGUAGUCAUCAUGAAGGAAAGCGAUUUCAAUAAGUUUUAUUUACCAAAAGAUUCAAACGUCUGUUGCCACACGGAGGAAAGGGGGAUGGACGGAAAUGAUGCGUACACCUGUCCAGGAAGGGGCUACCUAAAAAGGUACGUCAAGGAGUCAAGUAUGUAUGCAUUAAAAUUGCCAGUGUAUUUUUUGAAUGACCGAAUUUCGAACAAUGAUGGGAUGUCUCCUCUAGAGAAUGAAGUAAAUCAUGAGGAGUUUUUAAAAAAAAUUCAAAGCAGACAUGUGUAUAAUAUAGACGAGACGGAUGUGUACGCAUUAUUUUUAUCAAACUGUUCUGAUAGUAAAAAAUAUGAAUUAGAGCUACAUGGCAAUAUACACAUUUUGAAUAAGUAUGGAUAUUUACCAGGAGAUAAAAUACCAAAACUGAAUUUGUACGUUCUCUGUAUGAUCAUUUAUGCCAUUUAUUUAUUCGCUUGGAUUUAUUUACUAAUGAGGAACAAACAGUUUGUAAUAAAAAUUCAGAUAUGGAUUCUGGUGUGUAUAUUUCUUUACUUGUUGGAAAAUUUCUUCCUCUUUCUGUACUUCUUGGUAUAUAACAUACGCGCAAGGGUGAAUAGCAAUUUGCUCUUCCUUUCAGUAUGCACCAGCAUUUUAAAGAAUGUCUGUUCGUAUCUUUUAAUUUUACUGGGAUCUCUAGGCUGGGGUUUGGUCAUCCCCACAUUGGAUAAGAAAACGUUUAUCAAGAUAAAAGUGCUCUUCUUCUUUUUUAUCAUUUUUGAUUUCAUAAAACAGUUUCUGGACAUGCACUUAACCGAUGCGGAGGUGAACGCAGUUUAUUUCCUCUUCUGCAUCAUCCCAGUGACGAUUAUCUACUCGAUUAUUUACUUGUGGGUAUUUACCUCAGCUAGCAAAAUUAUCAUUCAGCUAAAUGAAGAUAAACAGUAUGAAAAGCUGAACAUGUUUAAGAAGUUUUUUAACGUGUUAAUUUUUUCGCUCAUCUUUUCAGUCAUCGCUUUUGUUAUAGAUAUCGUCGUUAUGCUCUUUGUGGAUAAUACCAUAUGGAGCUUGAAAUGCUACCUUAGCGAGGGAAUUAUCAGCUGCUUGUUUUUGAUCAUCAUCACCGCUAUGUUUAUGUUGUUCAGGCCCUCCGACAGACUGAAGAGAAUUUCACACUUUACAGAGAUCGGCGAUAUGGACGAGAUGGAGGACUUUUCACACUUCAAGGCCUCCAUGGAGGACAUUUCGUAG